CCGGGGAGCGGUCGUAUGGUCCGCGCGCGCGGGGUGCUGUGCCGGGCCUGCCUCGCGCUGGCCGCGGUCCUGGCUGUGCUGCUGCUGCUGCCGCUGCCGCUGCCGCUGCCUCGCGCGCCCGCACCGGACCCCGGCCGGGUCCCGACCCCGGGCCUGAUCCUCGAGGUCUCCCGCCUGCAGCCCGACGACAUCUUCAUCGCAGUCAAGACCACUCGGAAGAACCACGGCCCGCGCCUGCGGCUGCUGCUGCGCACCUGGAUCUCACGAGCCCCACGGCAGACGUUCAUUUUCACGGAUGGAGACGACCCUGAGCUCCAGCUGCUGGCAGGCGGCCGCAUGAUCAACACCAAUUGCUCUGCUGCGCGUACCCGCCAAGCCCUGUGCUGUAAGAUGUCGGUGGAAUACGAUAAGUUCAUAGAAUCGGGACGGAAAUGGUUCUGCCACGUGGAUGACGACAACUACGUGAACUCCAAACGCCUGCUGCGCCUGCUUGCCACCUUCCCUUCCAGCCAGGACGUCUACCUGGGGCGACCCAGUCUGGACCACCCCAUCGAAGCCACUGAGAGGGUCCAGGGCGGCGGCACCUCAAACACAGUGAGAUUCUGGUUUGCCACUGGUGGCGCUGGGUUCUGUCUGAGCAGGGGCCUUGCCCUCAAAAUGAGUCCGUGGGCCAGCCUAGGCAGCUUCAUGAGCACCGCCGAGCGCGUGCGGCUGCCUGACGACUGUGCCGUGGGCUACAUCGUGGAAGGACUCCUGGGGGCCCGUCUGCUUCAUAGUCCCCUGUUCCACUCCCACCUGGAAAACCUGCAGAGACUGCCAUCCGACGCUGUUCUACAGCAGGUAGCAGACACUCCCACCCGGGCCUUACAUCUCCCAGGGGUCUCCCGGCUGCGCAAGGCUUAGG